AUGGGUGAGCUCAGCACGGCCUUCCAGGGGACCCACGGCGACGAGAUACCACAGGCUCGGGCCCUUCGAAAGGCAGACAGGGACACACCAGCAAUGUUUAAGUGUCGGAGCAGAAACCCUGUUGCGUUUGGGAGGAUGCACAAGAAGUUGUUAGGCAUUCCCAUCUCCCGUAAUACCAGCGGCAUGUGGGAAGUGCACCGAGCCAGCUGCUCCAAAACGCUGCCGGCAGAUAAAAAGCCCAUUUGUCUCCAGGAUGUGCAGCGAGAAGGCUGGUUGGAGCGUUACGGGAAUAUACUGAGUGUUGACACAACCGGAGCUUCAGAGGCAACUGUGAAACCAGAAGGUCUGGGCUACGCAGGAGUUCCUGCCUCAGAGAAGAUGGCAGAAAAAGACUUGAAGAACAUGGAGAAAUACCAAGCCAAGAUUACAAAAGCUGGCAACAGAAAGUGUGUUAAUCCAGCUGUGACUGCUGGUAUUGUCUUUUGAGAGUCGCACGCUGGGACAGUUCUGAAGGAUGGUUGGGGUGACCACAGAAAUGCAUUUGGUUUAAUGUAGGCUGACAAACAGUACCAUAAGAUUGCCAGAUCAUGGGACAGCGAAGAGCACUCAGCACAAGGCACAGAGGUUUUAUGUGGGUUGAUAAAGGAAGUCCAGAAGAUUUGUUUAUGUGUUUCUUUCACUCUCAUUUCAGGUGGAAUCACAGCCUACAAUGCAGGAGCUAACGAUGUCCAGAGCUACGACACAAAGGAUAUUGGCAGAACACACAAUGACUAUGCCAAUGAUGUAGUUGCAAGAGCCAAGUUUUAUAAGGGAAAUGGAUAG